AUGAAUUCCAUCACUGUCCUUGAAGAAGUGGCUACGAGAGACCCCUUUACUCUGAUUCUCAAGAGCAGUCCGAACGCCUCGAAGCUUCUGCAGCUACCAGCCGAGCUACGCUACGAGAUCUACGGGUUUUGCUUCAGCGAAGAAGUCUACAGUUUCGUCGAUGCCGGUUGCAAGUUCAACAUAUCCACCAGAAGCCAUGGGUACAAUGAACGAGCUCGCAAACUACCAAGGUGGCUCCUAACGAAUCGGCAAAUACUGAGGGAGAGUACCCAGUACUUUUUCGAGGAGUCUAUGUGCUGGAUCUGGUCCAAAGCUCACAAAGCCGACAUGACGAAAGGACCGACAUCUAUCCUCUCGCUCACAAGAGUCCGUUCAUUGCAGCUCACUACUGGCUUGUCAGUCAUCAUGAUGGAAAAGAGCGACGAGAAACGUCUGGCUCAAGCGGCAAUCGUCUUCCAUCCUCACAGUACAUACACGGCAUACCUGAGCAGCCUGACGAGAUUCUCUACGAUCGAUAUGCUUCACCUACGAGUCCUCAAGCUGCGAGUCAACAUGCCGUAUUCGUACUCGUUUCAUCGGCUCCGCUAUCGCAACACCCUCAAGAGCUCGGAGGUUGAUAUCACCGCUCUUUCGAAACUGGGCCCGGGUUUGAGAAGAGUUGAGUUCAUUAUUCCCGAACCACAAGUCGACAGUACGUCGGAGGAUGAAGUGCUAUUUGCUGAGAUUGCAUACACUGCGGUUCAAACGGAACUUGAGAAUGUCGCAAAGCGCUUGGUUUCCUACGAGGGAAGAUUGUCGGGAUACAUCGCAACAGAUUGGUUAGAGAGAAAGACUUUCCCAGGUCACCAAGUGCUAGACGGCGAUGAAGCGGCGGUCGGAUACGAUUGGCACCUCGACAUUUCAUCUGCAGAAGGGGUUUCAAAAACCUCCAUUCGACACAAAGGGAUGUCGAGCUGGGAAGACAUCAGUGGAAAAGAUGCUCGAUUCCACAGCCGCAAAGAACUUCCUGAUGGGCAAAUCGAGUGGUACAGCGCGAUGCAUGGGAAUAUCAAGAUUGCGGUUGCAACCAGUACGCUUGGAGGGGCGAGUUACACAUUGCCUUUACAUGUAAAGAUCUAA